AAGUAAAUUAAAUUGACACCCCCAACUCAUGAACGAAAAUUAAAAAAGUGUAGUAACAAAAUGAACGAAGAACGCGAUCUUGCACCGGAACCACCUGUUGCUGACCAGCCAGUUGAGGUGGCUGUUGUUGUUGUAGCAAAUAUUGGCGGACCUCCCACCUCAGAGGGAGCACAAGAGCCCGCAACAGCUUCUGAACCUGCAGAUAUGGAAGAGGGUGAACCUGCAGAUUUGGACGCACCUCCACCGUCAAAGAAGCGCAAGCGUUCCAAUUCUGAUGAAGACGAUGGGAUGACAUGUCCAAUAUGCUUCGACUCGUGGGAAGUAUCCGGCGAGCAUCGACUCGUCUCACUUCGCUGUGGCCAUCUGUUCGGCGAAAGCUGCUUAAGGCGCUGUCUGACGCAGCGCAGGCGCCGACCAGCUGUGAAGAUGUGCCCUGUGUGCAAAACAAAGGCUACUACUCGAGACAUUCGCCACAUCUACGCCCGCAGUUUGCAAGCUAUUGAUCGCAGCGAGGUGCAUCGCUUGCGCAGCGAGCUAGCUGCGGAAAGGCGUCGUACAGAACACCUAUUAACCAAUUUAAAUGACGAAAAAAUGGCCCACAUCCAAACCUUGAAAAAAUUCAGGAGCUUGGUGAGAGAAAACGAACAACUACGGGCUUGUCUUUCCGGUGGAGGUCUUGGUGAGGCAGCAGCCAGCCUGAGCGGACCGCUUGACCACGACCCGGGCCACCCAGCUGGGUGAUGAGUCGAAUGAGGUGGUCUACGUUAUUUGUCUGUGCCUGUGAGUACGCUAAAUGGUUCCUAUCUGGCUGCUUUGACGGACAACAAAUGCCGGAUCCACAAACUUAACUUUUCAGGGGGUAAAUAAGUUAACAAAAUUUCAGUGAAAAUCUGCGUGAGUAAUUUUUUGUUGUAAUAAUAAGAGACUAGACUGUAGUAAGUUGAUAAAAUUAUUCGUUAGAAUGUAAAACUGUUUGGCAUUUGAGUUCACCGGUAAUUAAAUAAAAAGAUCUUGCAAAUACGA